AUGGAUCCGCAAGACAGAAAAUUAACUUUACCUGCCUUUCUCAAAGUCCUCACAAGCAACAAUGUGCCUGUUCCCAAGGCAAUGGCAGUAGCCAGCAAAGUAUACAAGGAAUCCAAUACGACUAGUCUCCUUGCGCAACUUACAGAUGUGAAGUUGAAAGUGAGUGGCGUGGAAGACAAGGAAACGCGGAAACUCGUGCUAGCUGCAAUUCGCAAAGCGGGGUACACUGCGCAGCCCUCGGGUUCGAAAUUGAAACCAAAAAGUGACAAAUCCAGGAGUUCGGAUGAGCAGCCCGUGGCAGGUCCGUCUGAACCGAGGGUCACAAAUGCAAUGCAGGCCGUGACCACACCAGUUAAGCGAAAACGAAAAUGGGACGACGACUUAAACGAGCUCCUUCCAGAUGGACCUCCAGACGAAGCUGCUACGUACGGCAGCUUGGAAUUCAAUGAGGUAUUAGAUGAGGCGGUUCUUAAGACGAAGUCUACAGUUGUGAAUCGGGCGCCAUUGAUGACAGCCUGGGCAACUAUAGUUGCGGAGCGCUUAGGAUUUGAGAGGGAGGAAGCUCUCAGCAUUGCUUCCGUUUACACUGAAAUGAAUGCAAUAUCAAAGGGGGUCUCCUUAGGUCUCUUUGACAAAUCACGCAAGAAAGAGAUAGAGCCUAUUAAGGGCAGCACACAACCUUAUGUCGACUUACUAGGAAGAAGAUCCCUGUAUCAGACACAGAACGAGAUAUGGCGUGCUCUCGACAACACCUCACCGGCUCUCCCCAGCACAGCAUUUUCAUAUAUAUCUCGUGCGUUUCGACAGACGACUCCGUACGUCAUCGGUGCCCUCCGAUUGUUGGCCGAAAGCUUCCCACCCCCAGAGCUUAAUAACAAAGGUUUCGGAUUGUAUGCCGAGUUCAGACCUGAUGUAGAUGGGUGGGGUAAACGUGGCGAGGUGUGCUGCGAACAAAUUCUGUCACUCCGCAAGAAGGACAGAAGCACUAUCGCUGAGCCUGCUGUGAAAGGUGAAGUUGUAAAGCUGGAAGUCAUUCAUGAUUCGAGAGCAAUUGAAGGUCCGGGUGGGUCACAAUCUGGUACGUCGGAAGGACCGGAACAUAAGAAGGCACGAGCGAUGACCCUGGAGGAGUACGAGGCUGCAUUAGACCAGGAUGACACGUUUGAUGAUGUAGACCUGAACUUUGAAUUUUAA